AUGCUACCAAGAGAUGAACUUGCCAUUUAUGGCUAUAGAACAUCAUAUCUAUUUGCAAGUUACAUCCCCAAAGCAGUUUCUCUUCUUGACAAAAAUGAAGAAACAAAUGGCUUUAUCAUAUAA